UGAUCCGAGGUUUUAUUCAGUACCAGACAGAGGUACUGAAUGUGCAUUUUGUGCACCUAAGUGUCAGCCCUUGACUUGCUGAAAUGCCAGAUCUUUAAAUGUAUUCUGGGUAUUUACCCUAUUGAACGUACAGUCGGAUCUACGACUACUGUGGCAGGCUGGUUAGUUCAGUAAUGAUCGACGAGGCAUCGAGAAGGGGAAUUUGUAAUUAACCACAGACCGUCUCGUGUUGGGAACACCGGCGAUAACACCGAUCUCGCGGGUAUAAGGAGUCGACGAAGCGAAGGUCCAUCAGCUCCCACCAGUCGGAGGACGGACAGUCAAACUUCAGCGGAGACCCUCCGACAUCACCGUCCAAAAGUCGGUUUCCCAUUCACCUACAAUUAAGUAGCAUUCUCGAGAACGGCUGCAAAAUGUCCGUGUCCAAUAAUCUCUUCUACGCUGUGUUAAAGGCUCGGUUUCAGAAAACAAGGUUCCUUCUGGAUAGAUUCACUGAUGUAAAUAGUCGCAACGACUUCGGCUACAACACCCUAGUAGCAGCUCUCCACAUAGAACACGAUGUCAAGCGACACAAGAUGUUCACAAUGUUGAUACGUCACGGCGCAGACCCUGAGAGGAAGGACCUCACCCACGGGAGGAACACACUGUCCUGGGCGUGUCACCUGGGGAGGGAGCUCCAGGUGGAGCACCUCCUACUGGACUAUGGGGGAGAUAUGGACCUAGCGGAGAGAGACAACGAUGGGCUGACCGCUCUUCAUCAUGCUACACACGCGGGCUGCUUGACUAUCGUGAAGCUUCUGAUCCAGACCUUCCUCAAGUACAGACUCUCCGUAGACGUCCAGGACAAUCGUGGGAUGACACCCUAUGUUCACGCAAGGAGGCUGGGCUUUAAGGAAAUCGCUGAGAUCCUAAGACAGGAAGGAAGUGCCUCUCCGGCAAAGUCGGAUUCCAGGUUCUUUAAAUCUCCACGUGAGUGGUCUCAGAUUGGGAAGUUUGAGAGACAGAAAGACGAAGAGGUCCGGAGAAGGGAGGAGAAGAUCAGGGCAAAGAUUGAAGGUCGUGUUACCAGGUUUAAAUUCGGGAAUAAGUUGCAGGGUUCAGACUUAACCAGAACUGUAAUCCCCGAAGAGUCAGGACAAGAGAAAUUGUUUGUUAAGAGGACUGUUAACAAACCGGAUACAGAAAGUGACAAUGCUCAACGUGAAACCCAUUCUCUCCCCCCUGAUAUAGCAUCUGUUAGGGCAAGCCCAGAUACCACAAGGGUUCGGCCCAAGUCAGACCGACUUUAUGACGAGCCUGAUGGAUCUAAAGGCGGCUCACAAGAUGUUGCUAUAUCUCUAAUUGGGAUGUCAGGAACGGAACAUGGUCGCAUAGCUGACACCUUUCAUCAUAGUCAGCUUGACACGACCAAAGUGUCUGAAUACACAGAGAUGCUAGGAGGUGUACAUGCUUUAAUGACCAUUCUGUCUCACGAACAAACGCCAUCUUUUCGAAAAUCGGUCGUUCAUGAACCCCCGCCUGUCACCAAGAUCCCACAGAAAUCCAAAUCUAAAGUUUCAACGCUAGCCAUUCUGUUCGGCAAAGAUAAGGCCAAGAAUAGGAGGUCAGGCCGGAAAGGGAAAGGGGUCAGAGACAAGGUUGACGCCCGGAAGCGAAGACAGGGUCUGCUAGGAGGGAAAUCAAAACAGGUGAUACUGCCGGAUAUUCGUUUAAAUGAUCGUGCUGUGUGACACUCGUGUAAGCCAUUCCCGUGAUAACUGAAACCAAGAGGCUUCUGAUAAAUCGUAGUAUGUGACCAGCAUUCAGUAUCAUGUAAUCGGGAUUGCAGCACAGUGUGACUGGUAUUCAGCAUAAAGUGACUGGUAUUCAGCAUAAAGUGACUGGUAUUCAGCACAGUGUGACUGGUAUUCAGCAUAAAGUGACUGGUAUUCAGCAUAAAGUGACUGGUAUUCAGCAUAGAGUGACUGGUAUUCAGCAAAAAGUGACUGUUAUUCAAUAUAACGUGACUGUUAUUCAGUAUCAUGUGACUGGUAUUCAGUAUAAAGUGACUGGUAUUCAGUAAUAUGUGACUGGUAUUCAGCAUAACGUGAUUGGUAUUCAGUAUUAUGUGACUGGUAUUCAUCAUAAAGUGACUGGUAUUUAGUAAUAUGUGACUGGUAUUCAUCAUAAAGUGACUGGUAUUCAGUAAUAUGUGACUGGUAUUCAUCAUAAAGUGACUGGUAUUCAGUAAUAUGUGACUGGUAUUCAGCAUAAAGUGACUGGUAUUCAGUAAUAUGUGACUGGUAUUCAGCAUAAAGUGACUGGUAUUCAGUAAUAUGUGACUGGUAUUCAGCAUAAAGUGAUUGGUAUUCAGUAAUAUGUGACUGGUAUUGAUCAUAAAGUGACUGGUAUUCAGUAAUAUGUGACUGGUAUUCAGCAUAACGUGAUUGGUAUUCAGUAUUAUGUGACUGGUAUUCAUCAUAAAGUGACUGGUAUUCAGUAAUAUGUGACUGGUAUUGAUCAUAAAGUGACUGGUAUUCAGUAAUAUGUGACUGGUAUUCAUCAUAAAGUGACUGGUAUUCAGUAAUAUGUGACUGGUAUUCACCAUAAAGUGACUGGUAUUCAGUAAUAUGUGACUGGUAUUCAUCAUAAAGUGACUGGUAUUCAGUAAUAUGUGACUGGUAUUCAGCAUAAAGUGAUUGGUAUUCAGUAAUAUGUGACUGGUAUUGAUCAUAAAGUGACUGGUAUUCAGUAAUAUGUAACUGGUAUUCAGCAUAAAGUGACUGGUAUUCAGUAAUAUGUGACUGGUAUUCAGCAUAAAGUGACUGUUAUUUAGUAAUAUGUAACUGGUAUUCAGCAUAAAGUGACUGUUAUUCAGUAUUAUGUGACUGGUAUUCACCAUAAAGUGACUGGUAUUCAGUAAUAUGUGACUGGUAUUCAUCAUAAAGUGACUGGUAUUCAGUAAUAUGUGACUGGUAUUGAUCAUAAAGUGACUGGUAUUCAGUAAUAUGUGACUGGUAUUGAUCAUAAAGUGACUGGUAUUCAGUAAUAUGUGACUGGUAUUGAUCAUAAAGUGACUGGUAUUCAGUAAUAUGUGACUGGUAUUCAGCAUAAAGUGAUUGGUAUUCAGUAAUAUGUGACUGGUAUUCAUCAUAAAGUGACUGGUAUUCAGUAAUAUGUGACUGGUAUUCAGCAUAAAGUGACUGUUAUUUAGUAAUAUGUGACUGGUAUUCAGCAUAAAGUGACUGUUAUUCAGUAUUAUGUGACUGGUAUUCACCAUAAAGUGACUGGUAUUCAGUAAUAUGUGACUGGUAUUCACCAUAAAGUGACUUUUAUUCAGCAUAAAGUGACUGGUAUUCACCAUAAAGUUAUUGGUAUUCAGUAUUAACCUAGUAGACAAUGUAUGCUUUAUGAUGACUACCAAAGGCAAGUACAAUAUUAUGUGAUGUAUAGUAUCUUCACAAUCAUAAUGCUCUUAAGACAAAUGCACUUUUGUAUACUCGAAUAUUAUAUUUUAACGACCUUAACAGUAUUAUCAACAGACAAACAAAUGGCACAUUCGGGCGUUGCUGUCCCGUCUGUUAUUCUAAUUACAGAUAAACGUCAAAUAUUCUUGUCGCCUUGUUGAAUCUAUGACCAUCUCAGUUACAGACUGGUGAACGUUCAAUGUUCAAAGAACGAACAUGUCAGCGACUGCGUAUUCAUAGCCUGCAAUUCGAUAGUCCCAAUGAUAGCGCUCCUAUACACUAAGGCGUUGUCAGCGUCGACGUGCUAAGCCAGUCGAGACGAUGACAAUGGAGUGCAUUGUAUUAUACCAGUUGCAUGUUAAGAUGUUCCAGUAAACUCUGCUGAUGGAUAUACUGGUUUACAUGUGCCUUACAACACCCCCUAAACUUGAAGGCGACUCACGGGAUCGGGUGGUCAGGCUCGCUGAGUUGGUUGAUUCCUGUCAUCGAUCCCAAUUGCGUGGAUCGAUGCUCUUGAUGUCAAUCACUGGAUUGUCUGGUCCAGACUCGAUUAU